CGCAGGGUUGGCGCGAGGUGGGGCGCGGCUGGCGAUUGCGCGGGGGCAACCGCCUGGCCGGCGCAGAGUCUGUGAGGUGUCUGGGACCCGCCACAGCGGCUGCAGUUCUCCGCGAUGCCGAGGCCAGAGACGGGCAGCUCGCCACUCUGAGCCGGUCUCAACACGGAAGGCAUAGAGGGAGGCCAUGGCGGAGUCCUCCGAGUCCGGGCGGCUGGCGUCGGAGGACGGCGGCGGGAGCUUGGAAGCGGAGGACGACGAGGAGCGGGAGCCGCUGCUGCCGCGGAUCGCCUGGGCCCAGCCACCUAAGGGCGCCCCCGGGAUCGCCGUCAGGCUCGUGGAGGCUGCCGGCCAGGAGGGCGCGGCCUGUCCUCUCGAGGCUGGAGACAAGGAACUGCUGCUCCGGUCUUGGGACGCGCCCAGCCGGCCCUCCCGGAGCGUGAGUGUCCGCCGGAGCUCGCCCACCCACCCCACCCGGAAACGCCCCCGAGGUGCAGCAUUGAAUACAUUCUUGGACGAUCCUGAAUUUGCUGAUACUGUGUUGAAAGCAGAGCAAGCAGUAGAAUUUGGAGUUUUUCCAGAAAGAAUCUCUCAAGGUUCAAGUGGAAGUUACUUUGUGAAGGAUCCUAAGAGGAAAACUAUAGGUGUGUUUAAACCCAAAUCGGAAGAGCCUUAUGGUCAACUGAAUCCAAAAUGGACCAAAUAUGUUCAUAAGGUCUGCUGCCCUUGCUGCUUUGGUAGAGGCUGCCUGCUUCCUAAUCAGGGAUACCUUUCUGAAGCUGGUGCCUCUCUUAUAGAUGAAAAGCUUCAUCUGGGCAUUGUACCUAAAACAAAGGUGGUUUGGCUUGUCAGUGAGACAUUUAACUACAGUGCAAUUGACCGUGCAAAAUCUAGAGGCAAAAAGUAUGCUUUAGAGAAAGUCCCUAAAGUAGGUAGAAAAUUCCAUCGGAUAGGACUCCCUCCUAAGAUUGGUUCCUUUCAGUUAUUUGUUGAAGAUUACAAGGAGGCUGAAUAUUGGCUUAGGAAAUUUGAAGCUGACCCUUUGCCUGAGAAUAUUAGAAAAGAAUUUCAGUCACAGUUUGAAAGAUUAGUUAUUUUGGAUUACAUCAUCAGAAAUACAGACAGGGGAAAUGAUAAUUGGUUAAUCAAAUAUGAAAAGCAGAAACAGGGAAAGGAAAUUAAGGAAACGGAAUGGAUUGAUGAUAAAGAAUCACUUAUUAAAAUAGCUGCAAUUGAUAAUGGUCUGGCAUUUCCCUUUAAGCAUCCUGAUGAAUGGAGAGCAUAUCCAUUUCACUGGGCUUGGCUCCCUCAGGCAAAAGUUCCUUUUUCUGAAGAAACAAGAAACUUAAUUCUACCAUAUAUUUCUGACAUGAACUUUGUGCAAGAUUUAUGUGAAGAUCUUCAUGAGCUUUUUAAGAUUGACAGAAAAUUUAACAAAGCCACUUUUGAAAGUCAGAUGUCUGUGAUGAGAGGUCAGAUCUUAAAUCUUACUCAGGCACUGAAGGACGGGAAGAGUCCUGUUCAGCUGGUACAAAUGCCCUGUGUGAUUGUGGAGCGCAGUCAAGGUAGAAAUCAGGGCCGGAUUGUGCGGACGAGCAGUUCUUUCACCCAGACUGUGCACUGCAGGAAGCCAUUCUUUUCCUCCUGGUAGCACAUGUAAGAGUAAAGGAAGCAAACCGUUCGGCAUUAUUAUGUUGUUAAAACAAUACAGUAAUGCAAAUCUGUUAAGAGCUCCCAUUGCCAAAACCUCAAAUAAUGUAAGUCUUUAAAAGGUUAUCUUUUGAAUGUAAUCAAAAGUUUACAGCUUUUUUGUCCAAAUAUUAAAUUUCUAUUUCAGGGAAGAAGUGAUAGAUCGCCUAUAUUGUAUUUUCGUAGAAAAAUUGUAUUUUAUGUUGUUGAUGUUAGUUUAAAAGGUAAUUUCUUGGUUUACAUACUCUGAAAGGACUGUAAUUACUUUAGAAUCCAAGUAGAAAAGUAAGGUAUUUGUUUACUUUGAAUAACUUUUUAUAUUCUUUUUAAACAUUGAGAAGGAUGUUCAUGUUCACUCUUCUUACAUUAUAAAAGGCCGGUGAGGGUGAAACUGCUCUUGUGAGUUUUAAUAAGUGGUGAAUAGAAAAACAGGUAAGAAUAGAGCAAUGUUGCCUUAAUUGAAAAAGCUGCUAUUUUAGAACUUGAAUAAGUGUCCCUAAAGUGACCAUUGCUAUUAGGGACCAGAAAGUUAUAUUUUGGUUGAGUAGAAGAUCACCAUUUUAUUUUCUGUACUUCAGAAUAUUUUUGGUCAAUUAUUUUGUAAUAGUAAGGAAACAAAUCUAAAGAUAUUCUCCCUUUAGAAAGAAAAAUGGAAACACUCAGCUGAGACUGGAGGGGACUAACAGGAAAUUAAGGCAGAUCUCUAAUAUUUUGAAAUUCCAAAAUAGCAUUAGAAGUCCCUUUUGUUUCUUGCAUGGGAUCAAUUACUUAAUCUAUUAGUACUUUAGAGUACUGAUCUUACUCAGUUUAGUAGUUCAGUUAGUAUUAACUUUACCGAAAAGUAAACCAUACCCCAAAGUAUAUAUUGGAUUGCAUUUUGGGGUCCU